AUGGAUCUAAUUGAUAGCGACAUUCGUCAGUGGGACGCUAAUGAGAUAAAGGAACAAUUUGGUGACAGUCUGAUGCUGUUACCAUCCAACAAUAAUAUUAAGGAGCUACAAACUAUUCUACGUGACAAGCAUACUACUCGCAGCGAUUUCAAAUUCUACGCUGAUCGUCUCAUCAGGCUUGUUAUUGAAGAAAGUCUUAACAAACUGCCAUUCACUGAUUGUGAAGUAGUAACUCCUACUGGAGCCUUGUAUAAAGGUUUGAAGUAUGGGUCGGGAAACUGCGGAGUGUCAAUUGUGAGGUCGGGGGAGGCUAUGGAACAGGGUCUCAGAGAUUGUUGUCGGUCAAUCCGCAUCGGUAAGAUUCUGGUUGAAAGUGACAAUGACACUCACGAAGCUCAUGUAGUGUACGCCAAGUUCCCUGAGGAUAUAGCUAAGAGACAGGUGUUGCUGAUGUACCCUAUUAUGUCUACGGGAAAUACUGUGAAACAGGCCGUGAAUGUUUUAAGGCAGCAUGGUGUUAAAGAGGAGCGUAUAAUUCUGUCAAAUCUGUUCUGUACACCGGCAGCGGCUCAAGCAGUAGUGGACUACGUGCCAAAGAUGAAAAUACUCACCUCAGAACUACAUCCAAUAGCACCAAACCACUUUGGACAAAAAUAUUUCGGAACCGACUGA